AUGACCAAGACGGAGCUGCUUGAGCUCUCAAAGCUGCACUCUGUGGUCGUGCAGCGCCAAUGGCGAACAAAUGUGUGGCUCCUAUUGAUACUGGGCUAUAUCUACUACCUAGGACGUCUUGAAGCCCAUGCAGCCACCAGUUUAUUCGCUAAUGAACCACAGAGCAAAAAUGACAAUGCAGUGGCGACAAGUGUAAGCAACUUGUACGUUGUCUUAGUAAGCAUCCCCGUGCUUGAUAAGAUGUUGCCCCUCAAGCAUCUGGCCGAAACGCUGCUGUCCCGUGGCGUACGCGUGGGUUUUGCACUUCCCGAAACCAAUCGCCAAUGGAUCAGUGACCUGGAAGGUCUUGAGUUUAUCUCCCUAGGCAAUAUUGUGGGUACAGGUCAAGCAACUGCACAAGACUUGAACGAACUACAGCGUCUUGGAGUGUAUGCGAGUUAUGCCAGUACGCUGCGUUACUAUGCAUCGUUCCAACGGCCGAUGCUUGGCGUAUUGUUGAAAAUGCUGACAAAUGAUCGACCCAAUCUUGUAAUUGUCGAUCGCUAUACCUUUGCAGGCUUUGACGUCUGCCAUCGACUGCAAUUGCCCUACGUCGUAAAUGAUCCACACUUAUUAUUUGACAUUGACUCGCCUCCUGCAUAUAUCCCCGCACCGUUCUCGAACUUUACCAUGCACACUACAAGCGUGCUAGAGCGGUGUUUGAAUAGCUACUAUCGACUGCGCUUCCGAUUGGUAUUAGUGAAUAUCUAUAAGGAGAUUAAUGCCGUGCGGCAAGAACAUGGGCUUAAAGCCAUUGAUAGCAAACAUCAAAUGCACGGUCACUCGCUUGUACUAGUGAACUCGAUUUUUGGCUUGGAUGAGGCGCGUCCUAUGACGGCUCAAUUCCGAAUGGUAGGCCUCUUGCAGUCUCAGAAGCUACAGCUUGAACGCGCACAAGCUGGUAGUUUGACUAGACGUAGCAGAUUUCCAGCGGUGCUAACGACGUGGUUGGAGGCUCCGGAGUAUCAAGAAAAACCGUUGGUCUUUAUCAGCUUUCAAACCGAUGUGCCCUUGUGCCCAGAGUUUAUUAUGACAAUCAUCAAAGCACUUGAGACCGUGGAUGCUAGACUGCUGUGGAAGAUCACACUAGAAAAGGAAGCAGCGUUCAAUCUGCGCUCACGUCCACAUGACUCGGUCUUUUUCCUUGAUAAAGAAUUGGACGACAUAACAGUGCUCGCACUUGUAUCCGAGAUAGACUUGUUGAUCACUGCAGGAGACUUUCAGAGUAUACAAACGGCUCUUGUCGUUGGAGUACCCAUCUUGGGUCUUCCUUACUCGGCCGAGCAAAUGGAAGGCGUGAAUGCAGUUGUGCGAGCGGGUGCUGGUUAUCUUCUGGAUGGAAAAUCUUUUUCCAAAGAUAGUCUGCGCCAUGCUGUAGAAAAGAUGCUGUUCGACGAUCGAGAGCACUUUCAAACUAAUGCGAAGUACCUUGGUGAGCUGGUGAAAACUGGCGGAGGAGUGGAACGCGCCGUGGAUGAGGUGUUGGCCGUUGCCAAAUUCGGGUCUCAUCACCUAUUGCCAAGGCGUAACUUGCAGCCGCUGUACAAAACGUACCUCGUGGACGUGUACCUUGUUUACGGAGCUAUUCUUUGUGGUGCGGCCGUUAUCCUGCGCACAUUUGUGUCGGUCGUGUCGUCCAUUUUCCAGCCUCUGAGCACGCUUAAGGUGCUUGAAAGUUUGCAUCCAAAGACCAACUAA